CAAAAUCGUGUUGAGACGAUCCAACUAUCAAAUCUAUCGGAAGGAAAAGCAAAGAAUACAUUGGAUCAUCUUGGAUUAAUACCUAUGAAUGUGAGCACACAAACCACACACUUCAAACCAAUAGAAUGCGAUCCAUUCUUGUGGGAUAUGGAAACUGAUGAAGAUAGACAAAUGAUAUUCAUACAAAAAAAAAAUGAACUUGAAUUACAAAAUGCCAAUGUUAUUUUAAAAGGCGGUGCUGACAUUCUAUUGAAGCAAGCGGUAACCCCGGUGUUUGGAUUGAAACUAAGAAAAGGAAGGAGAAUUUUAAAACUGGUCAACUAUUGGAGACUUAAUUAUGAUGGAUAA